AUGGAUGCAAGUUGUGGACCAUCGAACGCAUUACAGAACCUUUCAAAGCACACUCAGCGUGAUCAGUCAUUACAAAAUGAGUUUAUCAACAGAAAUGGACCAGUGAAUCCGGGGCAGUCAUUUAGAUCGAAUUAUACUGGAGUUGAUCACCAGUUAAACCAAGAUUUCCAGCAGUUUAAUCAACUGCAGAAUAUGAAUGGGAAUCCUGCGUUCAUGAACCAGUUUGGCCCGGCGCCGCAGAUCCCCGGACGUCAUCAUGAACAAGCACAGUUCAAUCAGUUUAAUCAGUCACAGACCCAUUUUAACCAACCGCAACUUCACCAACCGCAAAGUAGUAAUUCAAAACAAGGGUGGGUGCAAGACUUUUCCAAUUUGGCUAUAAGUAAUCGACAGCAACCAACGAAUGACUGGCACACUCAGUUUAUGAAGCAACAAGGAUUUCAACAACACCAACCACAAGCACAACAUCAAAGGGUGAUGCCGAACCAUGCGUCGGGAUUCCAAAUGAACAUGAGAACAAACUUAUCUCAACCAAUGAACCAGAUGGCAGUACCCACCGAGCAUCAAGAAAUGCAUCGGAUGGAACAAGAAAAGCAAGUUUUCGACGACCAAUUCGACCAAUUAGAAAAAGAACUCGAAGCACAAGCCGUUCCAGAACAGACGAUACUGGAGGAGAUAAAUGAGGUAUCGACCAAUGAGAAUGAGAAGGAGGAGUUUGCCAAAACUGCCCAAAGAGUGUAUGAUUCAAUGUUAUCCCAGCAAAAUACUCAAACAACAGAAACAAGUACCAAAUUUCAACAAUCGGAUUUUCUCAAAUUGAUGAACUCUAUAUCCAGCCGGAAAGUCGAGCUUUCACAAGAAGGGAACAAACUAGUGAAUGAGAGUGGCCAGGAUAUUCGAAAUCAGGAACAUAUAUCAAAUUUAGCCGAUCCAUUACAGGAUGUCAGAAAUGAAGUGAGACAAGAACCCUUGAGUGUCCGACACGACAAUACCGAUUACCAUCGUGCGGUCCACGAACCCCAAAUGAAUACCGAAGAGGCUCUAAGAGGCCACUUGCCAGAUCCUUUGGCCCACAUAAAAGAUGGUGAGCUCGAUGCCUUUGAACCAUUGCAAGCAGCCAGAAUCGUAAGUGGAGACCAGGUCAAGGGUAACCAGUGGAUGGAGGACUCCAACUGGGAAAUCGAGCCCGAUGCAUUGCAUGGAUCCAGAUUGCAAAAGGGAAGAAUCCUAAAUCAAUACGAACAAGAGGUGUUUGAUGAUUACAGACAGGACGACGAUUUCCAUUAG